AUGGGGACGAGCCUCGCGGAGCGCCCGCGCAGCCCACGAGCUCCGCUGGGCUCGAGCCUGGAGGCUUAUGCGGAGACCUUUCAGGGUGCUGAGCCCUACCUCCUGGACCUCUACGCGGCGAUUUGCCAUGACGCCGGGGACAUGCCCAGCGUGGAGGGCGCCAGGCAGUUCUGGGAGCACGUCAGAGCGCAGAACCCUUCGCCGCUGCCGCCGCCAGUGACGCGGCCCCCUUCUGCCGGCAGAGGCGGGAGCCGCCCCACCUCCGCGACCUGGCGAGCGUCUGAGAAGCCCUGGGCCGCUGAGGACCGGCUGUGCUUCCGAAACCUGCGAAUGGGCGCCGCGGCAGCCUCCUGCUUGGCCAUGCAGCUAAAGGGGAAGAAUCUGACCACCUUGGAUUUGGGUGAGAACCAGCUGGGAGACAACGCAGCGGCCGCGCUGGCCAGUCUCAUCCACGCCUUACCCAAGCUGCAAAGCUUCACGCUGGCCGGGAACAUGAUCGGUCCGGCGGGCAUCAAAGAGCUUGCCACCAGCGAGUUGGAAGUCAAUGAGACGUUGGAGCACUUGGCGCUGGGGGAGCCCAGCCCUGCGUACUCCACGGUGGUCAGCCUGGCGCGCCCGCGGCCCAACUACGUCACCACGGAAGGCCUCCACUCGCUGCUGACGGGCCUGGCCCGGAACGCGCACCGCCGGCUCAGCGCGCUGAACUUGUGCCGCACCGCACUGAAGGCGGACGCCGGCCAGGUCUUGGCAGACUUUCUCGAGUCCGACUCUGUGCUGACCGACCUGGACGUGUCCUGCAACGCCUUGACGUCGGAAGGGAUCUCCACCUUACUCCCGGCCUGCAUCAAGCUGCAGAAGCUGGACAUCUCCGACACCUCGUGCCGCGGCGAGCUCAUCCAUGCGAAGCUGUGCGAUUUGCUUCAGAAGGCCUCGGGGCUUAGCUCCUUGGGCGUGGCCUUCAACUCCAUGGAGCCCCGCCCCCUGCGGCGCAUCGCGCGGCAGAUCGCGGCCGCGCCGGCGUUGCAAGCCCUGAACAUGGCCUGCACUGCUAUGGAGACUGAUGGCGUUGUUGCGCUGGCAGACGGGCUCUUGAACUCGCAAGUGAGCAACCUUCGUGAGCUGGACUUGUCCGAAAAUGGCAUCUGCGAGUUGGAGGCGGCCGCAUAUUUGGCCAGGAUCGUCACCGGCACUGAGCUGCAGACCUUGCGCUUGAACCGCAACCCCCUGGGAGAUGAAGGAGCAUGCGAGCUUGCUGACGCAUUGCAGGAUGAAAGAUGUUUGGGGGGCCCGGCGCUGCGCGUCCUGGAGCUGGGGAGCUGCCGCGUGGGCAAGAUGGGCGCCACAGCCCUGGCCUUCGCCCUGAGGGAGAACGAGCGACUGCUGUCACUACGGCUGUCUGACAACUUUUUGGACGACACCCUCGAUAUCACACUCAUCGAGGCCCUGCAGACCAUCCAGCAGCUUCAACUGGAAAGCAACAGGCUGUCGCACCGGAGCCUGGCGCGAGUGGCGGAGGUGUGUGCCCGGAACCGGCGCCGGGUGCGAGACAAGGAGCCGAGGGCCUUGCGGCAGGAGAUCCGGCGGCUGAAGCACGAAGAGGUGACGCUGAAGGAGCACAAGCUGCAGGCGGCCAAGGACUCCGCGGAGGUCUUCGUGCGGCUGAGCGCCCAGAACAUCGCCGCGGAGGAGCUCCGGCAGCUGCGGCUGGGGAUCAUGAAGUCGGCGCGGCAGACGGAGCAGAAGGUGGCCGCGGUGGAGGCCACGCUGCUGGAGAGGAGGAAGUACUUGGAGAGCGUCAAGGAAGCUUUGACUGUCACGGCAAAGCAGAAUGAGCUCGCUAUUGCCGCGAAGAGGGAGGCCCUGGGGGACAAGGAGAACCAGCUCUCUGAUCUCCAGGGCCGGCUGCGGGACCUCGAGGCCCAGCUGGCGCGCAGGCGGGCGCAGCACCCCAAGCAGGUGGCCGAGAUCAGAGAGGAGAUCAGUGCUGCUCUUCCCAAGACCGAGGAGCUGAAAGCCAAGGAAGAGGACCUACGGCGAGAGCUGAAGGCCCUGCAGGAGAAAUCCCUGAUCGGCUUCAAGCCUUGA